AAUCCUUGUUUUGCAGUUGCAGCUAGCGGCCCUGCGAAAAAUAUAAUAAAAAAUAAAUCAAUCCUUGUUUUGCAGUUGCGACUAGCGGCCCUCAACACUCCGUACACCGGAGGCAUGCACGGCAUCCGCGGCGUGGACUACGCCUGCUACAGCCAAGCCAGGCAAGCCGGACUGACCGGCACCUUCCGCGCCUUCCUCACCUACCGCACCCAGAACCUGGACUCCAUAGUCCUGUACAGCGACCAGGAGCUGCCUGUGGUUAACACCAAGGGCGAAGUUCUGUUCAACAGCUGGCGCGAUAUCUUCUCAGGCGCGGGUGGGCUCUUCUUCCAGAAGCCGCGCAUCUUCAGCUUUGAUGGCAGGAAUAUUCUACAGGACCCUGCAUGGCCACAGAAAUAUAUUUGGCACGGCUCGAGCCUGAAGGGUGAGCGAGCUCUCACCGCAUACUGCAACGGCUGGAACACGGACUCCAGCAGCGAGGUUGGACUUGCCUCGUCCCUCCUGAAGAACCGCCUGCUGUCUCAAGAGCGUCUGAGCUGCAACAACGUCUUCGCUGUGCUCUGCAUAGAGGCCACGUCACACAACAACGAAGCCCUCAGCCGACACAGGAGAAGCACGUCCCCGACACUCGUCGGGUCCGGAGGAGGAGAUUCAGACGUCGUCCCGAAGAUGUCAGGUGUUCGCUCCUCCGAUUCAUUGGAUGAGCUUCUUUCCCCGCAAGACUUGGAGGAAUUGCUCCGGAAUUUGGAUAAUAAAAUAUCUUCACAGAAUAAUGUCGAAGAUGGAAAUAAUUACGACCACGCGGUCAGUGACCGUCUGAGUGAUGAUAACCACGACCCUGAUGCCAACAACAACAAAACUGAUCCCGAAGCGACAAAAAGCCCGUGGUGGUUCUGGUAAUGUUAUCUUAACUUAAAGCUGCGCAAUCAAUUAACUUAUUAUUAUACUCGCUCGACUAAUAUAGGUUGUUGAGACUCGCAGUGGCCGUUGAAUGUUGUAAUUAAAACAUUUUUAUUCGUAUUUUUAUGUUAUAUGAGACACAAUAGAAUCUCGGUCAAUGACUGUAACGGUCACCUAAACUUAAUUUUUUAUGGUAAAAAUGUAGAAUUCCUGUCGGUAGGAAACGGCUGCAUGGUGCGAUGAAACUUGAGUUGAAAAUUUAAACAUUUGACAUUUGAAUAUUUCAACGGAAUUUGAGGAUGGAUUUCUUAGGCUUUGCAUAUUGUUGAAUCUUUACCGAGUGCAAAUGUUAAGAUUCCGCAGGAGUCUUCGCAAUUGAACUUAGCUUGCUGAAUAAAUCUCCUUUUCAUCAUUAGAAAAAUCUAUCCUUUGACACACCAAAUGAGAUGUUUUAAACAUAGACGUUUUAUCAAAUUCCUGUCAUGCAUUCGUAUCUUCUUGGUAAGUUUUAAGUCUCUUGUAACACUACUUGUACAUAGAUAUUUGGUUGAGAUAAUCUCGCAAUUGUCUGUUCUUACAGAACUAUUGUUCUCUUUCCUAGCUCGGUACAAGCGUUCUUACUUUAAUAGCUUGCUCCUGUGUUCAUUUUUACCAAUUGAUGUUAUACUAAUUAGAUAUUUUAUACUUUAGUGGUUAUGUAUAAGCUUUCUCAAAGAGUCAACUGCCAUUUAACAUAAUAGUUACGUGAUUUUUCCGUUUCCAAAAUGGAACGAAGCUCUAAUCUACUUGCUUUUUUGUUACAUUUGACUCACAUUCAACUGGCUACGAGUGCUGCCCAUUGCUAAUUAAAGAAACUUUGCUCUGUGUAGCCGGUGAAAAUAUAUAUGUUUAGGAAGUCAAACCAUGGAAUAAUGCUCGUGCAUCAACAAGUUUUACUUAUUUGGAGGUGGACAAUAAGCGAUCCGUCGAAUGAAACUUAAUUCAAAUUGAACGAUUUUAUAGAUUACAGUUCAAGCGAAUUGUGCCGGAACAGAUAUAAGUUCAAUCAAAUUAUGCCGGAAAUAUCUCACGUGUCACUUUACGGGGUGUAAAAAUCGCUUCCAGCAUUUCAUACUUGUUUUUUCUCGCAGUUUUUGGCUGCUUCAAGUGAGCAGUGUAAGUCUCGAGAUUAUAUCCGCCUGUAGAGUUUUACAUGGAGUCUUUUAUUCUUAGCCCAUCGCAGGCUUUAGGUCUAACAAAAAGCCUCGAUUCUCGACUAGUGUAUAAGUUUAAUGUUCCUCUUUUACUGCAUUUUUAUCUGUCUCAUAGAUUUAUGGUGCAGUGAAUUACCACGAAUGUCAGUAUUUCCGUGACGCUCUCUCUUAACCUGCCACGCCUUCUGCCUCUUACUCGGCUUUAAAACCUACGCAGUUUUUGACCGCGACAACUUUAACACGGCGAUGGACUUUUCUCACUAUUGGUUGCAAUGACAGCUUCUAACAGUUCAUGUAUGAAAAAUUUCUCUCUUUCAAAAUUAAUCGUUAAACAGCGUCAUACGUUACACGAAAUCUGCAUAAAAAUUAAAUCCCAAACAAAAAAUUGAGACUUAGCCUCAAAAAUUUCUAAACUUCAAUUAGUCUAAAGCGUUUCAGAACCAAAACCUUGAAGAGCGUCCGACCCUAUCGUCUUUCUUGCUGAUACAUACAACCAUCAUUGUUUUUCUGUUUUGCAUUAAUAAUAUUAAAAUAAAUAACUGUAAUAAUAUCCAUAACGCAUCCUGUGUCCUCUAGUGUUCUCAACUAGUCUUUCUUAGAUAGUCCCAAGGAUGUCGUCGAGACCACGUUGUCUAUAGUUCGUGUUUUGGUGCUAUCAACAUCCCUAAUAUAGGGACCUAAAUAUAGUGCUUGUGUUCACUUCUAACUGAAUGUCCUUUUGGAGAAUGACUGGCGCGAAGUUUUGCCGCAGUUUGUAUAUAUAAUUGAUGUUUAAAUUUCUGGAGGUUACAUGAAAGUUGCUUAAAUGUUGUCUGGUAAAUGUUACACCUUGAACUGUCGCACAUCAAGGAGUGAAUUACUUUUCAAGAAAGAAAUUAAGCAACAAAUAAUAAAUAUCUAUAAUUUGUGCAUUGUUUGAAAAACGUUGUGCAGAAUUGCAUAUAAUUAGUAACCCUUGACAUUCAGUCAAAAUAAAAUACUUGUUUCUAAUUUUUGAUGCCUUUGCUAAUGGAUUAGAAUGAAAAUAUCUGACAUAUUUCAAAAACCAAGUUAUGUUACCGUUAUAUGUUGCAUCAUAUCAGAUUUAAAUUUCUGAAGUUUCUCUGUGUUUCAACUGCCUCGUGUAAUUGCAUUUUUAAAUGGUCCAUUGUUACAGCUUUACUCUUUUACAAAAACGUUUAUGCUCAUCGACUGCAUUUUUGUACUCCAUUUUGUGUUUCUUAUUUUGUCUGAAGUGCGAAAAAAGUGCUACAUAUGUGACCAGAUUUUUAUUGUUGACAUUCAUUUUUAAAUUAUUCAUUCAAUAAUUUAUUGAAAAACUUCCAUUCAACUUGUAUGAGACUUCGAAAAUCUUUCACUAUGUGUAUGCUUUGAAUAAAGAACUUAAUUAUC